CUGACACAGACACACACACACGCACACACACACACACAGUCUGACACACACACACGUUGCGUUAACUUUUCUUGUAACUUUUGAAACUUUGUUGUUUUUGGUCAAACCUCGUGAAUGUGCGCGUGCGUGUGAACAGUGUGGUCCACCGUCACUGUGAGGACCCGCCCAGCGGACCUCCGUGAGGACCGACUCUCUUCAGGCUCAGACGCCGGGGACCAGCUCUCUUCUCCGGGUUAAUGUCGUCCUACGUCUCCACCCUCGUCUUCCUCUGCAGUGUGGCAGCUGUCACUCAGUCCAAUCACCUGACAGAGCCCAUGUGUUAUGACUGGGGGGAGUCCAGUAAUGGGACGGUCUCUGUCCUGGAGGGGGAGGCCGGUUGGCUCUCCUGUCCUCUCUUCUCUCAUCCCUCCGUCUACAACUACACGUCCGCCCAGAGCGCUGGACACAACCUGUUCUGGUACCGCCUCCCCGAGGGUCACGACCUGGAGCAGCCAAUCACCUACAGCUCACGGCUCAGUAAAGACAGAGAGAGGCUGUGGCUGCAGCCGGCCGUUGCAGAGGACAGUGGACUGUACAUCUGCAUGCUGCGUAAUAAGUCGUCCUGCAGUAAGAUCGCCAUGCGUCUCAAAGUGCUGCGACACGAAGACCUGGUCCAAGACUCAGACUGCCAGCCUCCGGUUGCCGCAGCAACGAGCUCUGUGGCCAUCCCAUUUCAGGAGGGGCACCUCCUGGACUGUCCAGACCUGCAGGACGUCACCAAGAUGGCCGACAGCGAGCCCAACGUCACCUGGUACCACGUGACAAACAACCAGUGUUUCAAGCCUCCGUUCUGGGACAAUAACCGGCAGCAGAAAGGACCAGGUCUGAUGAUCUACAACAUGUUUUUGAUGUUUCGUGGUUUGUAUGUCUGCACCGUCACCUACCUGAGGAGAGGCAGGACGCUCAACUUCACCAGGAGCAUCGACGUCAUCGCAGUCCAUUCGCCAUCGCUGCCCAAAGAACCCAGCAUCCUCCGUCCGUCCAGAAACCACGUCUUCACGGUCAGACAGGGCAUGGAGGCCCAUCUGCAGUGCGUUGGUCUGUUCCCGUACCUGGAGUCAUCGUGGGACAUCUGGUGGACUGUCGACGGGAAGACUCUGGACAAACUAGCCGACCCCCGCUUCUCUAAAAUCAACAGACAGAUGAAGGAUGACUAUGGGGACCGGACGGAGGAGAGCGUGCUGGUGAUCCAGGACUUCGUCUCUGAGGACCUGAGGCGACAGUAUAACUGCUCUGUGAAGAACUCGAGAGGCUUCGAGACUCGCAGCGCUCAGCUGCAGGAGGAGGUGUCUUUGCCGUCCGUGGAGCUGGGUUGCGGUCUCGGCGUGACUCUGGUCCUGAUGCUGCUUCUCUUCGUGGUCUAUCACGUCUUCUGGCUGGAGCUGCUGCUCAUCUAUCGCUCGUGGUUCGGCAGCGACGAGCGACACACGGGUGAGUGAACGUGUGA